AUGCCCGCGCUGGAGGGGCUGCGCAUUACGGCCAACGCCGCCAGCCCCAGGCGCGCCUCGCGGCCACCAACGCCGACGGUCCCAGUCGCCACUCCGCCCGCGCUCGAGGGGCCCAACACCGCGGCCGUCGCUGCCAACCCUGAGCGCCCACCACGGCCGCCACCACCGUCGGCCACAGCCGACAGCGGUGGCCAGUCGUCGCCCACCAUCAGCCCAACCUGGUGCGAAGGGCUGACUCUGGAGGACGUGGUGGCCUCCUUAUUUGAGGCAGACGGAGGGGAAAACGCCGAGGACGCCCGCUCGGGGGAAGAAUCCGCUCCACCACAACAGCCAGCCACCGCCACGCCGAUCCCCGUGGGCUCACUGGGCGCCACGUACGAGGAGGUCUCCGACGCUGAGGUAGUGACCCUCAGCUCGGACGACGAGGAGACACGGGGGUCGGCGGUGGCCACGAUCAUCUUCUCUGACGGGGAUGCCAGCGGGGCGGAAACGCUGCCCCGGACGCCACCGCGCGAGGAGACGCCGCCGCCCUCGUACUAG